AGCUCCUCUUUCUGCUGGGAACGCUACCCGGCUUUGCCUCUACUGCUCCAGCGAAGCGUCCAUGCUUCCCCUUACCGGUCGUACGAGCUCUGUAGCUGGUCCAGGCCCCUAUCAUCGGUCAUCCUUUCACCGAUUUCCUCACCUUUCCGGAAGUCCAUGCCGCUUUUUUUGGCUCGGAGACACACCGAAACCUUUUCCAGACACGCCAACGACUAUGAUUUGUACUGCACUUGCUCUCUAUCUCUGCUGCACUCACCUACCUUACCACGAAAUCCGCUAGCACGGGUCACCUUUCUGUCCACUCCGCUUCUGCUCGACACGCCACAGCCCAUCAAUUGUGCGUCCCUCUUCUUACUCCCUUGGAUUCAUGGAAGAGUGACCUCAUCCAAUUCAAUCCUGUCGAUUUCUUCCCCGGCUUUGAUUUCGUCAGACUUCCCCUUUUCUUCUCAUCCCUUUUCUGCCAUAGAGUCUGAUUUUCAUCACAAACCUUCCAAAUCUGGAUUUCGAGAGAGGAGCGGCAGUCGAUUGGGAGGAGGGAAAUCAGAGCAUUGCCAACUGUUGCUUCCUUCUCCAUUGAUCAUUCCCAAAUCUUCAUGUCCGCUUACAGAGGCCAACACCACUGGUUGUAGAGGUAAAGCUUCAUGUGAUACAGAGGGUUAUUUCUGGUUUCCUGAUAUUGGGUUGAUGGGCAAUGUUUAUCUUUGUCCUGCUUCUGGGUUCAGGCUUAUUGGUUUUAAGAAAGUCAACCCCUGACUUCAGAGGUGAAUUUAGUCUAUUGUCCAUGGAACCAAAUAGCCGGUGGAAGAUACAUGUCUAUCCCUGUCUUUCAGCUCUACAAACCUGCCUGAUGGAAGGUUUCCAUACUAAUGGAGUUUAGGUGAUAUUCAUCCUCAUACUUAGAAGGGAUCUUUAAUCUCACCCUCUGAAUAACAAGAUAAUCCAGUCCGAAUGAAAUGGUCGAUUAUCAUUGCCAGCAGGGAUGGCAACUUGGUAAGGGUAAGAGCUGAAUGAACUGAAACUAACAGGUUCGCCCACUCAGAGCGGUGAUUGUCCGGACUGGUGGCUCCCUUGGUGGUUUGGGCUGGUUGGCACACUUAACACGGUCCUCGAUUAUGCAAUUGGAAGCAUUUCGCAGAUUUCUAUUGGGAUUGCGUUAUACAGUCCCUUAGGAGUUAUUUUCACAAAAAGAUAGAUACCAUAUGCCACCACCAUAAGUUAAAUUCACUCACUAGCAAGAAACUUUAUGUUCUGAAAUAUUGUACUCAGGGUAGGAGACGUCUUGGAGAAUGCUGCAGAACAAGACAGAUCAGGACUGAGCGACUUACAAUGAGAGAGGUAGAACAAAUGCUGGAAGGAGGAAGUGGUGAAGCAGAAGACUUGGUAAAGAAGGAGAAAGAUCUGCAAGCGGUCAACACCAUUUUUUUGGCUCCUUGCUUCAGCUUAAAAUUUCUGGUAGUUCCUUCUCCCAUCACUGCUUCUGUUGUUGUUUCUGUUUUUCUAGAAUGGAUUAAAUGAAGAUGAUAGAGAUGAGUAGGGUUUGGGGUUGUGAAGUAGAAUUAGGGAUUGAGAAAGAAUUAGGGAUUAGAAGAAGAAUUGGGGAAGAACAAAGAAAAGAGGGAUUUAGGGAUUUUGAUAUUGUUAUUGCUUAACCGUAAAUGAAUGUGCAGAAACCUAUUUAUGAGUUUCAGAACUAACACAGAAGUAAUAAGACAAACAAAACCAACCCGGCCCAGUCGGCCAACCCAACCCGACCCCCCUACCCGUGCGGGUCUCUAUCAGAAGAGUAGAAGAAGAAGAAGGAAAGAAGCAUAGUUUUGGAGUUCUGAAUCUGUGGUCUCACGCGAAAUCAGUCGCGACUUUAAUGGACUAUGUUCUGUAUUGUUUUUGUUCAGGUAUAAUUUUUUUGCUGUUUUCACGAGUUUCAUCUGAUCCAUUUAUGCGGGUUACUAUGAGGCUUUCUCCUAUCCUGCUAUGGUCCACGGUGUACACUCUUUGGGUUAAAUGUGAUGACCCAUCAAGGGUAGACAAGUUCUUUAAUCAACUGAAACAUUAUGGGUCUUAGAUUGGGUUUGCACAUUCUUUUCGUUGUUACAUAUUUCUAUUGUGUGAUUUGCUCCGUCCCAUUUCUGAAUAUACAAAAAGUUCCAAGUAACUUCCUUCGUGUAUUGGUCACGUUGGUUUGGUGUGUGAUGGGGGUUUUGUUGGUGUCAUCACAAGAGCUCAGUAUUUUUGCUUAUGUAAUUUUAAUACGAUCCUAGGGACUCAAACGACUUUUCCUGAUUUGAGCAAGAGCGUAAGAUUUUAAUCAAGGAAACUGGUCACCUUUUUGAAACUACAGAAAUGUGUGCUUCUGAAGAUGAACAUUAAGGUCCAAAGCAUAGUCGUUACAUGUAUCGAGAUUCGGAGAUCAUUUGGCUCAUUGAAACUGCUGCAAGCAGAAUAGUAUGGGUCUUCUUUGUACCUCUUGAACCGCCUCCAAGAUAAGUAGGACUUCUUGAACAGGUUAUGGAUUGAACUCCUUUACUUGCACAUUUGCAUUGGCCAAAACAAAUCACAGGGGCAAAACAAAUUGUAAAUUGAAAUGCGGAACUUUUUAAUUUUAUAUACUAUUUUCUCUCGCUUAAAUAAAGUUUGGUUGUCUUAGAUCUUCGUGUGUAUUUCGUUGACAGGACCCUCUCUUUCCCUUUGUCUUAGAUCUUCAGUUGCCUAUGAAUCAUAAUCAGUGGAACUUUGUACACUUCCACACAACCUAACAUGUAAAAUGGGAAACCAUGAAUAUUAUGCAGGUAAACCACCUUCUGGAAACAACAGAUAACUCACAAAUCUGCUUUAAGAUUCCUUUACCUGAAGGGCAUAUAUGAAUAACCAUUGAGGGUUUUGGAUUUUGUAUUCUUUAGAUAGAUUUGUUGCCUGUUAGUAGUAGAUGACUUUGCUCAGAAUCCAUUUCUGCAAGCUAGGGGACCACCAUUCAUCUGUGAAUCUCACUAAUAAGCUUCUUCUUUCAGUGCUACGGCACUUUCUUCCAGCUCCUGCUGUAAUUUUACUUUUGAUGCUGCACUUUCUUUUUCCUGCUACCGUAAUUCUGUGUCGGCUUCUGCACUUUCUUUCCCUGCUGCUGUAUUUAUGUUGUUGUUCUAUUGAAAUUUUGUUGGUGUUGACUGCUAUCUGUUGCUGCAGUUAUGUUGGUUGCACUUCAUCCCCAACUCGGAGCUUCUCAUAGUUCUAUCUCAUUAGUAGCGGCCUCAAAUUUGUUUCUGCAGGACAACACAGAUGCACAAAGCACCUACCUGAAAACUGCAGACAUAAAUGCUGGAUGAGGGGGGAUAUAUUUGGUUUGAAGCCUCAAAUUUGCAGAGGUAGAAGCCUAGAAGGUCACUCUACAUGCCUUCUGUGAUGUCCAACCACUUAUUUGUAGGAUAUUUUUCUUCCUGUUUUAUAUGUUGUAAGGGUGCUGAAAAAUAUUUUGCCGUAGUUAGGUAACUGUUGUAUGCUUAUCUAUAUGCACCAUGCAAGAUUAUGAACUAUGUGUUCACGUCUUCUUUGAAAUGCAUU